AUGGAUAUUGAUUUUACUUCUGGAACAGAAGACGAAAAGCAGGGAUUGAUUCGAAACCGAGAUGGAGAAUUUCUUCAGGGCUUCAUUUAUAGACUUGAUGAAGGGGACGCACUGACAGCAGAGCUGUGGGCCGAUGGCCACCGUCAAGUAAUUCUGGAAUCUGAUGCGACAAACGCCAUUGAGUUACUUAACUUGGAAUUGGAUGAGAGCCAUGCUGACUUCAAUGUUCUUAAAGAAGUUAGAGUUCUUCUUAACAGGGGCUGGAGUGUUAGAAUUGAGUACGUGAAUCGAGAGGCCAACAAAGCUGCGGAUUAUUUAGCAAAAGCAGGACUGGAUGCUCUGCGUGGUUUUCAUUUUAUUUCUAUAGCUCCCCUUGGGUUGGUUCCCAUCCUGGAUUCGGAUCGUAAUAUUACCAUAAGCGGUCAUGCAGAAUGUUGA